AUGAGAGACGUCGACCUAAGUCAGCAGCCACCUGAGUUGGAAUUCCUACUAGACUCGCUUCCCCGCGGUGGAAUACGGGGUAGGGCCGAAGAUUCCGGAUAUAAACCCAUUGCCAAGGGGUUUGACGAAGUCUGGACUCUUGGCAAUGGUUCAGCUUUGCGGAAGCUGGAACGGAGGUCUGUGAGGAAUAAAAACCAUAACUUGCUUGGCUCUUUCUGGCCAAAUUGCGAUUGUGCACAAACUUGUCGACACAUAAUAUCGUAUUCGAUCGCCUAUUGUAAAGCAACAAUGCCCAAUUCGAAGAAGUCCCGAACAAGAGUCUUUGGUCAGGUUUGCCAGAUGUUGUCGGUCGAAAGUGUCGAAAGAGCUUGGACUCGUUUGAGAGUCUGA